UGUUGCUGCAGCAGCAUCAUCCUCUUACACACCACAAACACAGCGAGCGACUCUUUGACAGGCUUGUUUGGAUUUUGCAUGGAUGCUCCUUUUUCGCUUGGAUAGGCAGUAACAGCAGUCUGCAGGCGGAGGAUGAGAUGCUGAACAUUAAAGGAGCAGGACAGUCCGCAUGGGAAUUCAGGAAGUGCAGCAUCCAUCAUGCCCCGAGCACUGCAACAUUGACGGCGUUGAUCUGAAGGUGGGUGGGAAGAGGACGAUAUUACUGAUGAUGUCUUAGUGACAGAUGUGUUGAUUUUCUUAUUCAACUAAAUGAUCUUGUAUUGCUUUAAUGACUGUGUGAUGCAUCUGUUGCAAGUACUGUAUCUGUUUAUGUACAUGCAUGCACAUAAAGACAGCACAGGUACGCAGGUCCACGUGCAUGAAUGUGUCAGCAGCGAUGAGUGAACAGGCAGCGGUCCAUGUGCCCUCACCAUCACGCAAGGGCCCGGGUCACCAGACGGCCCUCCACCGAGUUGCCAUGGUGGGGAACGGUGAUGCCAUGGCUGCUCUGAUUCAGGGAGGCUGUGCUGUGGACCUGCAGGACAGAGACGGCAACACUGCGCUGCAUGAGGUGUCUUGGCAUGGUUUCUCUCACUGCGUCAAACUGCUGGUCAAGUCAGGAGCUGAUGUAAACAUCGGGAACAAGGCAAGAAACACAGCGCUCCACCUGGCCUGUCAGAACGCACACGCUCAGACCGCUCGCCUCCUGCUGCUCGGAGGAUCCACACCAGACACCAAGAACAAUAGGGGGGACACCUGUUUGCAUGUGGCUGCUCGCUACAACAACCUGACCCUGGUAAAGAUCCUGCUGAGCUCUCUGUGCUCCGUGACACAGAGAAACCAGGCCGGGGACACAGCUCUCCAUGUGGCUGCUGCUCUGAACCAUAAGAAGACAGUUCAGCUCUUACUGGAGGCAGGGACCGAUGGGAAAAUCAGAAACAAUGCAGGUAAAACAGCCUUUGACAAGGCCAGAGAUAACAACCACAAAGACGUGGCACAUCUCCUGGCCAGAGCUCCUCAGGUACAUCGCUUCAUGAGAGGAAGAACAAUAAGGAAACGAAGAGAACGGCUGACAGCUGAGCGCAGGACCCAGUCUGUCACGAGAGUAGACAUCCUACCCAACAAAGACAGCAGUUCUGUGGUGGAGGAAACCACCAGCAGUGAACAAUUGGAGAGCAGACCUGCCGUCAAGGCGGGUCCUCACCAGCAGCAGAAGCAGCAGAAGCAGCAGCAGCAUUACCACGAGACCCCAGCCACCAUCAGCAGCCCUUACAGCCACCGGAAGAGGAGGAGAGUCAAGGAACAGGCUUUGAAUGAAAAGGAUCAGAAGAAAGGCGAGAAUGACUCUAACUUUAAGAAGAACCUGCUCCGGGAUGUUGGGGAAGAUUCUGCUCAGAAUGGAAAAUCCUAUCAGCUUUACACACUGUACCGAGACAAGGACGGCAACAUCAGACAGGCACCAGCCAAUGGAUGCCACUGUAAGCCGCUGCUGAAGAAGCUGGAGGGCCAACUGAAAGCCACGCAGGAGGAGAUGAGGCUGCACAUCUUCAACGUCCAGGAGCAGGUCAACAGUAGACUGGGCCAAAUGGACCACAGGAGCAGACACCAGAUUAAAGUGUUGGACGUGCUGAACCAGGAGAGAGCAGCAGCAGAGAGGAAGAACCUGGUUUACAAGAUCGAGCAGAGAGCUGCCCAGGGACGAGAGGAAGCCCUGAUGACACAGGCAGCAGUGAGUCAUGAACUGAAGAGGUGGUGUAUGUCCCAGUUGAAGGACAUGGACGUCCACAUCCCAGCCAAAGCCCAGUACUACAAACUCCUCCCCUCCCAGUCUGUGGAGCAGUCUGGAGCAGAGGCCGACCUGGAAGCACUCCCCCUGCUGUCUGUGCUAUCCGGAGACAGCAGCACCUCGCUGGCUACCUACGUCAACAUCCUGCCAUUUCAGUCUGCCUGCAGUCUGGGAGGCCCGGAGCAGGAGCAGAUGGGGAGCAGGACUUACUUUGAAAUGAAAGUGGACAGGUCACCAGAUGACUAUGAGAACACCACCCUGUUUCCUCUGCCGGCCAACCACACCUCAGGCCUCCUGCUGGGCUCUGCUGACCCCCCCUGGCAGCCUCCGGGAGUGCAGGACGGUCCCAUAGCAGCAGCAGUGAUGUCCCUGUGUGGGGAGGGCUUCUCCAGCAGCAGCAGCCAGUCCAGCAUCAGCGCCCAGGGACCCAGACCGACCCAACAGGGUCAGGAACACGGCUGUGACAGACAGGACAGGAUCCACUUUGGAGAGCUGAUGAGUGCACGCAGACGGGUGGGGAUCCACACUGAGGGCACCAGAACACUGGAGUUCUUCAUCGACCGCCCCGCUGAGCCCACGUUCAGCCAGGAGAGGAACAGUCAGCACGCCAUGGAGGUGACUCAGCGUUUCUUUGAGACGGUGUCGACUCAGUUGGAACGUUGGUACGAGAGGAAGAUCACGGAGGUGGAGCAGCAGACGGAGCUCAGAGUCCAGCAGGACACGAAGGAGCUGCUGCAAAAAAUAAGCAAGCUGGAGGAGGAGCUUCAGAAGCUGAAGACCAAUGAGACGCCCUGACGGUGACUAAUGCUGGAGGGAGACCACAGUGAAGCCAAAACAUCUCUCUCUCCGCCCCCCUGGUGGCUGGCUGCAGUAUAGGUCAUAAAGUCAGCCUCCCUAUGUUAGCGGAUGGGACAUGAGCCAAACUAAAAAGAGAAAGUACACGUCAAAUAUAUUUUUUUCCCGAAGAUGCUUUCUGUCAUUUUAGGUAGUUCUUAUCCCGCUGAUGUAUGUUCAUUUAUCAGAUAAGUUUGGUUUUAAUUAGUUACUUGAUUCUAUCACGACAAGCUGUAGUGCUCGGCUCGGCAGGUGACCUCGAUACCGCGGCUCCACCGCCCAAUCACUACUGCGUGGACUCUGGUUCCAAAUGACGUCAAAAUCUCAAGAUGUCAGCUCGCUCCCGUAUCCGGGAUAGUUUGGCUUCACUUAGGAAG